GGGCCCUGCGCGGCCGCAGCCGGGAGCGCUCGGCGGUAAUGGGAAUGCCGAUUCCGGCUUCUGGGAGUUAGGGGCGGCUUCGCAGGGGUUUUGGCUUGUUCGGGCUGUUUCGCUGGGAGCGGCAGGUUUAAGACAUCCUCAUAGACAUUCAUCUGAAUGUAUAGCAAAUGCAGAAAGUACUGAAGACACUCUGAAGCUGCAUUUAGAGACAAAGACUGUCAUAUUUGUGAUAACAUUCCUUUAUGUUGGCAUAACGUACAAGGAAAGUAAGGGCUUCAUGAAGGCGUGACAUGCAUAAGCACUUUUAACUCCUUCACAGUUGCUCUGUCACAGUAAGGCAAGUUCGGUUUAGUUGGAAGGGUUUAUUCUAGGAACUUGGUCUUUAAGAAGAUACGACAGUGUUUGCACAGCUUGUUGAGAGGUGAAGACAUAUGCAAAUGCCUCUGGUGUAGUUAUAUUCGUUUUUCUCUCAAUUAUCUUUAUCUUCUACUCUGCACAAUGGUUACUUUCCGGGAAAAAAUUUUACACUUGGUUAAGUGUUUCAGAAAACAAUGGCCUUUAUUUUCCAACUCCGAAAGGACUACUGUAUGUGGAGCAGACUGCAUGUUGAUGGCGUUACAACUGUCCAUGGCUGAAGUCAAUAAACAGUACCAUGGAGACUUCACAGUAUCACUUAGUGAUGUGUUGGAAACUUGGAACUAUUUGUUACGUGACAAAAUGGGAUUAUAUGAAAACAUGCAAGAACCUGAAAAUUAUGCUGAAGUGAAAAAAGGCUAUCAUGCCUUCUUAGCAAGAAGCAAUAUGUUAGAUUUAAUAGACAUAUAUCAGAAGUGCUGUAGUCUCGGACUUUUAGCUGAAGAUGAAAGCAUAUCUCCUGUUCAACUGUUGGAAUUUAUUUCUGGUGUAAUGAGUGCACAAGAAGAUAAUGGUUCCGUUCUUUCUACUCCUAUGCAAAUCAAUAGGCAGGGCCAGGAGGUGACAGUCCUGGCAAAGAAGUCUGUCUGUUCAUAUUUAAGCCUUUUGGUGAAUUCUAAGGAUGAUGUGGCAUUGGCUCAUAUUCUAAAUGUUCCUGACAGAGGACUUGGUAGAGAAGCCUUCACUAACCUGAAACAUGUCUCGCAGGAGAGAAAAAUGUCCAUUUUCCUGAUGGCAACAUCUUUUAUCCGGACCAUAGAACUUGGAGGAAGAAACUCUGCAUCGUCUUUGUAUGAUCCUUUAAGAGCACAUGUAAAAGGGCUUUCCAGCUUUGUUAAUUUUAUUGACAAGCUGCAAGAAAUUAUUGGUGAAAUCUUAAAUACAAGAAUCGCAGGGGGGCAAAUUCUGUCAACAGUGAAGAUGCAUUUGAUAAAAGGCCGAAGCAAUGGGGAUCCUUUCUGUCAGGCUGUAGAGGAAGUUGUACAAGAUUUGGAUUUGAAGAUUAAAAAUAUUAUCGAUUCACAACAGGAAGCCUUGACUGCUAGCACUACUGGAGUCAGUCCAGCACGGCCAAAAUUGCAUUCCAUAAAUCAUGGCACUGCAUAUUGUGGCAGAGAUACUGUAAAGGUCUUGCUAGCUCUUCUGGAUGAAGAAGCUGUCAAUCCUCCUACACAGAACAAAGCGGAUCUGUUGUGUGACAAUGAAAGUUUAAAUUUGUGUGGCAUCACCUCUGUUUUUACUCUCUUUAGAUCUCCAGCACGAUCCAAUGGAUCUUCUCCAAAACCGCUUAGACAACGUAUUCUGAAAUCCAUGGAUGAAAAAGUAAUUAAGAUGAAGCAACCUUCAAUUAAAUCCCAGUUUGCCUGUACAUAUAAAAAUGAUUUGAGUGAAAUGAGUGGUCAGCAUUCCCAUGCAAUUCCAACCUGCAAAUAUCCUGUACCAAAGCAACAUUUAGAAGCUGGAAAGUGCACAGGGCUUGGAACUAUUUCUGAAAGUGUUCACCAGACUAGAAGUUAUACAGAGAUGGGAAAGCUGAGUUGUCAGCCAAGGAACAAGAACUCUGGGAAUGAACAGAUGGAUUUGAAUAACGGCAAAAUAAUCUGUGACAAGGAAAGUGAACCAUCUUUGCAAAAAAUUACUAAAAGACUUAAGACUUCAGACAGCUCUAAGAAGGAAUUGAACAGCAAAACUGGUGGAAAAAGAAAACAGACCAAAGCUGCAAGUAAGAAUAAGCUGAUUGCUGGUCAGGCAAAAUUAACUCGCUUUUUUCAAGUCUAAGUUUUUGUUUUCACAUACAUGCUAUGUUGACACUUAUAAAAUAUUGCAAGAAAACAGGUGAAAUUAAUGAAUUACUUCCUUUCAUACAUAAAUAACUGAAAGCAGCUUGUGUAUUAUAUUAGACAACUACUUACAAGUCUGGAUUAUGCUGAAGUAUUUUAUUUUUUAAUAACAAUACAUUGUUAAUAAUUACACUGUUACUUUUGGUAAUGAAUUAUGUAUUCCUCUGCAAUGCAAUCCAAAAAAUUAUUUUUGGAUGGAUAUGUACAGCUAUGCUAACACUCAGUAACUUCAAAUUACGUUAAA